AUGGUUGGAUGCAGCAUUACAUCCCAUUUACAGGCCACAGAGCUUGUCUGGAAUGUCGGCGAGCGUCUUGUUGAUCUGCUCGAAUCCAGAUUGACUUCCGAAAACGGAGCACCACAAGACCUGUCUCCUCAAUCUUCUGAUAGGCCAGCAUCCGAUAUGGAUCUCAUGAAUACGCCAGCAAACUCUCAUCCAGCUUACACACCAAGCUCAGAAGAGAGGAACCGGGAAGCAGUCGGCUUUGCUAACAAAUCACCUUCAGGAACCCCCGACUACAGUGCUGAGAUUGGCCAGACGCCAAUGAGCUGUUCUGGGGCCUUUGAUCAAACACCAAGUUGGCUUUCUAUUCCAGAGCCAGUAGCUAUCGAGCUUAUCCAUCUUUUCUUUGAGAAGAUUCAACCCUGGCUCCCAUUACUUCAUAAGCCCAGGUUCUUCGCCUCCUAUAUACACAGCGACGCGUCCAGUUUCUGUGAUCCAUGUAGCCUGGUUGAUCACGACAAGCUUCUGAUAUAUGGAAUGCUUGCUCUUGCAGCACGCCACUCGACAAAUGAGUAUUUUGCCAACGUCCCUGCGCCUGAAAGAGGUAAUGGGUUGUUGAAAGAGGCAUGCACUCUAUAUGGACAGUUACGGGACGCUGAUGAACUUCCAAACGUCAAGUACCUCCAAGGAUGUGUCCUCCUGGCUAACGGUUUGGCCGUGGAUGGCCCCUGUUAUCGGACCUGGAUUCUUACUGGAGUGAGCGUCCGUAUGGCAUAUGACCUUGAUCUGUGUAAUAUGGACGACGUCGAGGAUACAUGCAGCGACCCAGAGGAGUGGACCGCCAUGGAGGAACGGCGUAGGCUCUUCUGGGCUAUAUGGGAGAUAGAUGCAUUUCUAUCGACUAUUUCCAGACGCCCUCGUGCCAUAGACCACCGAAGAAUGGCGGUCCUGCUUCCUGCAAGUGAUGCGGCCUGGUUCGCCCAGGAACCUGUGGAAUCAUCACUUUUUGCAACAAGGCCAUCAGAGGCAAACCUUGGCCUCAUGUCCUCGAUGGGUGCUAUGAAUACCUUGAGUUCUAAUCACGAAAUGACGCUCUUAAUGCUUGGCCAGUUUGGAUCGGUAUGGAAGCUGGGCUCGUUAUUGACUGAUGUUGCAAAUCUGCUCAGCCAUCCUGACACUCUUUCAGAAGAAGAAGUGGUGCUUGCGAAACGGUUUCUAGUUUUCUUUCCAAAUUUAGCACGACGACAAAGAUCACUGCAUUGCAGAACUUCACAGGGUUGCAGGAAAGCUACAACCAGCACAGAUGGUGGUAUGUCUCUGGAAAAGCCACCUGAGGCAACAGAGCUCCCGCAGCAUUUUCAUGAAACAACUGGCGAACUUGUUAAUACGCAUGAUUUUGGUCCAGCCACGUUAGAGGAUAUAUCGAACUUCCAGUUGGACCUUCUUGGGGAUUGGAGUGUAGGACUCCCGCUUGACGACGUGUACAAUGGCAAUCAGAACUUUAACUAUCUUCAGCUGUAA